ACCGUAAAUCCUUGUACCGAGGGCUCUCUUCCGUCAGAUAUCGUUGUCGUACAUGUAACUUUUACGUAUCCGUGUACGGGAGCAACCCUUUGUUUCCAUGUUAAGCUUUGUCUUCAGCCUGUACCCAUACGACUGGAAGGAUCUGCAAGGAUGUGCAGAAAGGAUCGAAGUGCGAAGGAGGAGAGCCCUCAUGAGUGUAACAUGUGCGUUCCACUGGGCCGUUUUGUACCGAGCAAAAAUGAAGACACGAGGUAUAAAGCGAAUCGUUGCGUGAGCGGGGGCGGCAGCCGCACUAGCGGGGCAACCGGCGGUGGGGGCCUCGUGAGCGGCGGAGUGAUAGGGGGCCGCGGCGGCGGCGGCGGCGGAGGCGGAGGAUUGGGGGGAGGAGGAGGCGGUGGAGGGGGUAGCCCCGGCAGGGGCGCUAUAGAGGGGGCGGCUCCGCCACCACCACCGAGCACAGAUCAUCACCACCACCACCACCACCAUCAUCAUCACAGUACCACCGGCACGAGGCACCAUAGGCACAAAUUGCCAGCCGGCAAACAGUGCAUCGAACACCGUCAUCACCAUCAUCACCGGCAUCACCCUCAUCAUCGCUCCCACCAUCGGGGCAUGAACAUGGGCCAAAAGAUUUCAGGCGGCGUGAAGAGCGUGACGCGCGAAAGCGGUGCGGGGGCGGGUGGCGGCGUCGGCGUCGGCGGAGGUGGUGCUGUGGCUUACAAACCUGUAGUGCCGCGAGAGCUCGCCCAGGACUUCUCAAGACCGGCGCGUCUCGACGUCCUCCUCGAUAUGCCACCCGCCUCGCGCGAGACCCAGGUUCAUCACAGCUGGAACGCCGAUGACAGGAGUCUCAAUAUAUUCGUUAAGGACGACGACAAGUUGACCUUUCAUCGACACCCCGUCGCACAAAGCACCGACUGCAUACGAGGGAAGGUCGGCUACACGAAGGGGAUGCACGUAUGGGAGUUGCACUGGAGCACGAGACAGCGUGGUACCCAUGCGGUCGUCGGGGUCGCAACUGCGGACGCGCCUUUACACAGUGUCGGCUAUCAGAGCCUCGUAGGGAAUAACGAGCUGAGCUGGGGCUGGGAUCUUGGAAGAAAUAAGCUCUAUCACGAUUCGAAAAAUAACAACGGGGUUACGUACCCCGCGCUCCUCAAACCCGACGAGACGUUUAUCGUUCCUGACAAAUUUUUAGCCGUCUUGGACAUGGACGAGGGUACGCUAGCGUUUGUCGUGGACGGCCAGUACCUGGGUAUAGCGUUUCGAGGUCUCAAGGGUAGGAAAUUGCAUCCCAUAGUGUCUGCGGUAUGGGGUCACUGUGAGAUCACCAUGAAGUAUAUAGGUGGACUUGAUCCCGAACCUCUGCCCCUGAUGGAUCUUUGUCGAAGAGUCAUUCGACAGCGGAUCGGCAAGCAUCGACUCGAGGACAAGAUCAACGAGCUUAAUCUUCCCCAGGCGAUGAAGACUUACCUCCUCUACAGGGACAGGAGGUAACCAACGAGUGGUCGCCAGACGUCACGUCAAGAUCACAACUACGAAUACAACCACCACGCGAUAUUAUUGCUGUCGCGACGCACAGGGGAUGAUAACGACGACGAUGACGAAGAUGAUGAUGAUGAAGAGGACAAGGAAGACGAGGAUGAUUACUACGACGAAGAUGCCAACGGAAGAAUGUCUAUCCCCUCCACGCAUACGGUCCGAUCAGCAAGACCACGACAAGCCCACCAAUGAUAGGCCGCGUGUCUCCCGCCAGAGAUUGUCAGAGGAUUCCGCGAGUGCGAUCGACGGUUUCUCAGCCUUUUUUUUCGGGCUUAAGGAUCGUUCGAUACUCGAGCCUGCCUCGGUAGUAGACUAUUAUGAUUAUUAUAUUAUCAUUACUAUUAUUAUUACGAUUGUAUUGUCGCCUCAGUCAGUUCUGUUUGAGAAUACGUGCCCACGCGCCCGUACUUCACUUCGCUGGUAUCGACGAUCGUGUUAGUACCUUGAAAAGAAGGUUAGGGAUCCUGUUUUUCUUUUUUUUUUUCUCUCCCUUUAUUAUCAUUAUCACGCGCUCGAUGAGCUUUGUCCGCCGGACCCGAGAAAAGCUGCUAUCGAAGGUUGUAGAUAGACCAAGCUCGACUGACCUGAACGCUGGUUAUACGAAGAGAGGGAAAAACGGAGCCGGGAAAGUCGAUGAAGGUGGAAAAGAAUGAGAAUCGUAGUGCGAUGUUUAAUCAUGGAAAAUUGCUAGCUGCCGCUGCGUAAAAUUAUUUUGUAGUAACGAAGGAAGAAGAAAAAGAAACAUAGCGAAUUAUUAGGUGAUAUUGUUGUUUUUUAUGUUGUCCUUACGAUUAAAAUCGUGGAGUCUUUAUUAAUUGUUAUGAUUAACUGGUACGUGCGGCGUAUCUCUUUUUUUCUUUGAUACGCUUUUAUUUUUCCUUUCGCAUCACACUCGCGCCGGAUUCUGUGUCUUCUUUUACAGUCUCACUUGUUUUGCCUCUCUUCCUCUCUCUUCUUCUUCGCGGAUCUACCAUCUCAAUUUCUUCUCAGGUCUCUCUUUCUUUUUAUCUCCUUUUCUUCUUACUUUUUCUUUACGUCGUUACCCGCUUUACGAUAAUCGAUACCACGGGGCAAGACAAACCCCGCGAUAUGCGAGAGACGAUGAUAGUAGGAUUGUAAAAAAAAAUUGGUAACGGUACAGAAGAGAUGCCUUUAUCGGCGAAUGACCAUGGCAGUAAUGCAGUGUAUAGCGCGAUUAGCUCAUUGCUUAAACAGGGAGACACGUGGCUCGUGAGAGAGAGCGAGAGAGAGAAAGAGAGCGAAAAAAAGAAAAAAUUUUAGAGAAGAAGAAUAAUGCGUAAACGAAACAAGGAAACAAAACGGAAAUGGGAAACUAGAUAGGACAGAUGACCGUGGCCAGGUAGCUUCUCACGGUUGGCCAGUAAAAAUUUUAGACUUAGUCGAGCCUGAAGGCUGACAGGUCAACGGUCUCCAAUGAAAGAAAAAAAAAAAUAAAAAUAAUAAUAAUAAUAAAUCGAAGAGGAUUAAUUAAUAUUCCGUCGCGACGCUUUAGAGUGGUACGUUAUGCGAGGAGCGCGGACUCGCUCUAGUCCAGCGCACUGCGAGUGAAACCUAUUUAACUGGAGCUCCACUCGAUCUACGUGGACGGGGACGAGGACGACGUCGAACUUGGGGUCGGUUUUAUCACCGACGCCGACGUCCACAGUGGCUACGAGGGACACGCUUAAUAAUCGUCGGAGCUGACGGGUGUACGUGUACAGUACACUGACGAACGCAGCCGAACAGAGCCACCUUCCAAUAGACUCGUUUUUCAAGUAUUUUCUAAGCAUGCUAGGUCUUAAUGAAGUUUAGUGGAGUGAGUGUAUAACGGAAUGGACCGAAAAGAGAUGGAGAUGAAACAAAAAAAAAAGAAAAAGAAAAUUAGUACGAAACGUCACGUGACGGAGAAUGAUAGUGGUACGUGUGUGGGUCUAUGAGUGUGAGAUGCGUGAUGCGUGUAUAAAUACGCGUGUAGAGAUUAGAUGGAUGGGAAUAAAAGAAUGUGAGGUAAUUGGAAAUAAUUGAAUUGGAGGUUAUGUUCAUUAAUUAAAAUUCGAAUACCACGAGGAAACCUAAUGGAAAUCCUGACGGUGAUCAAAGUGUGUUCCGCCGUGCUGAUCAAUAGCGACUAAUAUGUUUACAUGAUAUUUGCUGGGUGUGCGAGUAUCGAUAGGAUAUAUGAAUUUAAAAAAAAAAGACAAGAAUGGUAAUAUGACUGAGAGACGAGAAACGUGUAUGGGAUUGGUCAGAGAGUGAGAGAAAGAUGAUAAUGAUCGGUAGUCGUAGCACGACUGGUAUAAUUCUGUAAUCAUUACCCGAGGUGUGAUAACGCCCGGGUGGAUUAAAAGAGUGAAAGGGAAAGAAAUGAAAGAAUUAUUAUCUCGGAUAAGUGAGCGAGAGAGAGAAAAAUUACACAAUUACCUUAACCACUAGAGGAUUACUUGAGCACGACGACUUGAGGGAUGUAUUAGCGACUGAACACGGGCAUUGGCAGAAAUUCCAAACACGAAUUAAAACUGUCAUCGAUUGAGAUAAACGCAUUGAAUGUUGAUCCGACGACGAUGAUUAUAAUAGUACAUUAUGCAACAAGGGAGUAAAGUCGUUGAUUAUGCCCGCGGGUGAGAGUGUACUGCCCGAGCCAAGCGAGGGCAGUAAAUCACCCGAGGGAAUAACCGACUUUAUUCUCGUGUUACAUAUAGUGCUUUAUUUACGACUGAGCUAAAAUAGCCACUUUAUUCCCUGAAAAGUGGAAGCAAAUCAGCCAUCGUCAUUAUGAUGGAAAUAUACGUUUUUUCAAAUAUUCAAAAAAUUCAAAAUUUUUAAAUUUUUCACCUUUUCAAAACUUUCAAAAAUUUGCGAGAAUAAAGUUCAUUAUUUCCGCAAAAUGCGGAAAUAAAGUAAAUUUGCGGGAAAACCAAAUAUGCGGGAAUAAAAUGCUACUUUAGUCCUGCUUUUCAGGGAAUAAAGUGGCUAUUAUAGCUCAGUCGUGGAUAAAAAUUAUUAAUGUCGGACGCGCGAUAAAAAAAAACUACUAUUACUGCUACUACUAAUAUACUACUACUACUAUUUUAGCAUGACAACUUGCGACUGGUCCCUAGUAAUCUUACGUUUUUCUCGUUUUUAAACUUUUUUUUUUUUUUUUUUUUUUUUUUUUUUUUCAUUAGUUUAAAUUCCACGCAAACGCGUGGUAAUUUGUACAUAUUAUCAAUGUUAAUCGGUACGCAAGGGUGCGUCGCGGCGAUCGCGCGUAGCGCGUAAACGCGGGGCUCACCACUCACAUCUGAUAAUGAUAUCCAGGGCAGGAGCUUUGCCUCCUAACCUGUGACACAAAUUCAACUCCUGAUCUCAUAUAAUUUCACGGGAUUACGUGUUCUUCAGCUCCACCCGGUGAUCCGACGCCACGAAGUUUCCAUCAAGCUGCAUUCAUAGGCAUACCCAAGAUCCCCGACAUCUUGGUCCUCGUGCAGCCUCCCGCAUCCUCUUCCACAAUACUUGUUCCAAUAUUUACUUUCCAGUCAUCCCAGGAAGUAAGAACGAUGAAGUAUCUCCGAAAAAGAUUACUCUUCGGAAGAUGUCUCUCGGUACUGUUCUUUAACUUUUUUAUCCCCUCGGCCACCUCAUCUACCUAACCUAACUGCCUUAUUUCUACCAUCCAGGUCACGACCCCCAGAAUGCAUCGACUGUGCUCCAAGUCGUGUAUCGAUCAAUCUCCAGACUGACGUCACCGAUCACAGUUUGCCAAUACACUAAAAAAUUGGCAGUGCGCUCUCUCCAGUUAACUCUCGUCCCUCGUUAAUUCGCACUAGAGCUACAAGAGGGCGUCCCGACGCUUUAAUUCUCGGUCCGCCAUUAACGUGGCGCGACUGUCGCCAGCCUAAGAAACGAUCAGCGAAAGCACGUAAUAGCAUACAUUCUAAGCGAUACAAAGCGAUUGGUGGAUGGUAGUUAAUAUUCCGUCGAAAUAAAAAAAUGUACACCCAGUAUAGACGAUGAUACAAUAUAUUGUGCAGAGUCAUUUGCGCAUGCGCUGUACGACACUCACAGAGAGACAUCCGUUCGUGGCAAUAUACUUGUACGACUUGCACGUGUGACAGUUUCGUUAGGUAUAUUCCGAAUAUUACUGCCAGUACUGUAACCCACAGUGACCAACGCUGUGUCCUUAUUCAUCCAUACGCAUCCGAGAGAGACGUAAUUACUUUUACGGUACUGUCAGUAAAUUUCGGAACACAUCCAUUGUUAAAUGAAAAAGACGACCGAGUCAACGAUAACAAAUGAACAACAGCCAGGCGAAUAGGAUGAAUCGCGCUUGAAAGCAAAAGAAAAACCACACAUACAAUUCACACCGAAUACAUGCAUAUUUACUCUACCGUGUUGUGUAACGAUACUAUUUUAUAAUAUCUGGGCGCGUGUCACGUUCCGAGCAUGAGACAGGACAAAUAGAAUUAGAAAUUUGUAAAUAUUAUUAAUUAUUAUUAUUAUUAUUAUAUUAUAUUAUAUUAUUAUUAUAUUAUAUUAUUAAUAUUAUUAUAUCAAUUGAUAGUUUAAUUAAUUAAGUGAUUAUCGUGUUAGUCGGCAUAAUGUGGAUUCAUUUUAUAAUGGUAGAUUGACAAUUUGAGUAUCGAGAGCGAAGAGAGUGAGCAAUUGUGCGUGAGUGCCGAGUGCGUGCGUGUACGUAUGUGGUAUACGUGGAUUUUAAGAGAGAUACAAAAAGGGGGAGGGGCAGAGAAAACGCUAAGUAUUUGAUGCGACAUGAAAAAAAAAAAAAUUGCAUUCCCUGCCCUUUGAGAUCUACGGUAAAAUCAUAAGGCCCAGACUCCGCGAUGGAAUCUGUUGUUCGCGCGAAAUACGGAGAAUAGGUAUAGGGAGGUAAAUUUGUAUAUUUUUUUUUUUUCCUCGUAAUGUGGAAAAAUACGAGGAUGCAGAAUCUGUGGCCGCGUGCGUGCGCACCCCUGUCCGAGGACGAAGAAGGGGCGAGAUGCCGGCAAUCGCACGGCGACGAAGAGAGGCCCUCUUCUUAGAACUUUGAAACGCCACGAUGAUUAAAUGAUAAAGAUAUAAUAAACGAAUAAAUAAAGAGAGAUGAAAACAGAAUUGACAUACAGCGCACGUGUUUUUGUACCGGUCACUACUAACGUUCUACGUACUACUGUGUAACGUGCGUGGGCAUACUCGGUGGGCCCGGUGUCUAUCUGACAGCCCAGAGUUCCCAAUGCGCGACCAAUUACAUUGAAGGCUGUCGCUUUCGCGACUGUCCGUUAUCAUUAAUUAGAAACUCUCACGAAAUGCUCAUCGCGACUGUAGCUCGGUUCUUUUGUCUAUCCUCAUUUGCGUCCUGCUUCUACUCGGCCGAAGACCGCAGUGCGUUGUUGCGAGGCCCAAUUUUUAUUAAUGCCACAGACUUUACGGCGUUACUCGAAUAAGGGAUAAACACUUUGCCAUUUUGUAUAUGACAAUGGCCAACGAGCGACACCAUUGCGAACGGACAUCGAGUGCACGGGGUCUGGACGGUGGUUUAGUGAUUUUUAUAUAUAUUUUUUUUUUGAGGAAAGUCAAUUUUUAUUGCAAAUUUUUUUCUUUUGCAACCGUUAUGGGCCUUUAUUUUUUUGGGCCUUUUCGCAUUUAUGAAAUUUCGUCGGACGCUCCCAUAGUGAUCGGCGCGCGUCCAUCGCCGACCCGUGCACGACGAACUGUCUUGAGACGUGUAUAUAGUAAUACUUUUGUAACGAUAUCGUAAUUAGUAAUGAGAAUUAACACAACAUGUGUUGAAAAUUACUCGGAUGCUCGUGCAGUUUUCGGGCAGCUGGCGCGUGGGGUGUUUAAGCUAGUCGGCGAAAAUGUUUUAUGCAAAUUUUCAAAACGAUUUUUUUUUUUCUUUUUACUUUUAUUCAAAAUCAUCCGUGACUCGAUCCUUGCACCUUUAAUAGCCGUGAGAUGCCCGUUAACGCCGCUGCCCGUCUGCCUAUGUAAAACAUACGUUGCCUCGACGAGAUUCGUCUAAUUUAUUGAAAAUACCAAUUAAUUACGAACAAUUCUAAUUGCGCGAGUGCGAGCGAGAGAAAAUGACAAAAAGUCAAGCGCUGAGCGAAUGAGCUAAGAGAGAGAGGGAGCGAGCGUGUGCUUUCGUGGCUCCUGGCGUCCCACAGGUUUUUAACGUAUCUCCGCACUUCGGUAUUCAAGGUGAAUAUAUAACUGAGCGAACUGACAACGGAGAUAAACGUCAAAAGCCUUUGGCUACGUCAUCGCGCCGUUUGACAGUCCGCCGUGUAUGUAAUUUGCGAGAAAAUGUAAAAAAAAAGAAAAAUAACCAAGUAAAUUUUUUGUGUUAAGCCUGGACUAUUGCAACGAGCGAUCUCACGUCUAUUAUUAUUAUAAGUUACGAGUUUAACGUGGACAUUGCCUGUAUACAUAUAGAAAAUGGCAAGUCGAUAGGAACUUAUACGAUAUGUAAUAACGCCUUAAUGUUUAACGACGAUAACCGUAAUAGCAUUGUAUUUCUUUAAGUUUUAACGAUCUUCGGAUAUAUCACGAAAUUAUGUAUGUCGUUUUCUUCCCCCUCUCUUUUUUUUUGAAUUACUUUUCGUCUCUUUCUUUAAUUAUAUCGAGUGUUUUUAUUCUUUGUCUUCGAAAAUUCCUUCUCUCUCGUCCCGGUCUUCUCUUGGAGAAUUCUUCGAAUGUACGCGGGCGCGCGUACGUGCGUCGGAGACAUUGGCGGGGGUCGAUUGAGAGAGCGAGAGAGAGGGAGAGAGGAGAGAACUUAGGAGAGAGAAUGUAUCAAUUGACGAAUGGCGAGAGUGGAAUGUAUAAAGCAGGCUGCUGUCUAAAAUAGUUCAGGCUGGAUGUCGAUGUUUGUAGCGGAUAAAGAAAAAAACAGCAUAUUGUAAUUAAAAUUGAAAAUGAUUAA